AUGGCCCUCACCUCUUCCAACUCCGGCUCGGACCAACUCGAGCACCUCAAAUCGCUCGUCUCGCAACUGCAAGCCAAGAUCGAACGGUUGGAAUCGCAAGCCGGGUCCAAGGCUUCCGAGAUCAAGGACACGAUCAAAGAGAAGGUUGGGUUGACGCCGGCGCAGCAUUUGAGGAUCGUGUUGAUGGGGCCUCCUGGUGCUGGUGAGUUGGGUGGUGGUGACUUGUGGGAUGGGAUGGGUUUGAUCAGGCUUGAUCAGGCUUGCUGGGGCAGAGGUGGUGCAGCUGGCCGAGGAGGAGGGGAUUCACCGUCGCGGGAAAUCAAGGCGAGGCGAGCGGGUGUGUGCGGACGGACUAAAGGGAUGGGUGGAUGAUGACAUGUCGAUGCUAUGGGAUGAGAGGACGAAAGAUCGGGGUUCACGUGCUCAGUACAGGGUGCGCACACCCAACGCCGAGGACCCCCGUCGUCUACUUCGCCGCCGCCGCCGAUCUUCCGCAUGAUGGUCUUCCAACGGAAGGCCGGACGUUCGUGGUUUUAUCCCCAAAUCGCUUUCGACUGCCCAAGCUUUCUCCAAGCUCGAGACGUCUCCUUUGCUCCGAGCGCAACCCAUGAACUCGCUCAGCCGGUCCCAGGGCAACUCCUCGCUGACACUACCGUUCCUGCACCAGGCAAGGGGACCCAAGCGCCCAACAUCAAGGACAAGUUCAACGUCUGCCACUUGGCGACCGGCGACAUGUUGCGCGAGCAGGUCAAGCAAGGCACCGAGCUCGGCAAGCAGGCUAAGAAGAUCAUGGACCAAGGUGGACUCGUCUCGGAUGAGAUCGUCAUUGGCAUGAUCCAGCAGCAGUUGGACGAGAACAAGGAAUGCGAGCUUGGGUAGGUCCGGUUAUAUAAAGUUCGAUUGAAAGACGGCGACUGAUUCUCUGCGAUCGGCACCUCUACCUCCAGUUUCAUCCUCGACGGUUUCCCUCGCACGGUCGGCCAGGCCCAGAAGCUCGACAGCAUGCUCGAGAAGAAGCAACAACCCCUCGAGCACGCGAUCCAGCUACUUGUCAACGACAACUUGCUCGUCAGCCGCAUCACCGGUCGUUUGAUCCACCCCGCUUCCGGUCGUUCGUACCACAAGGAGUUUGCGUGAGUCUUUUUUUCGUUUGUCGAAUGGAUUGAUUUGAGGGGUUGGACGAGAUGCUCAAGCGCACGAUCGCUCUUCUUCCAUGUGACAGCCCCCCAAAGAAGGCCAUGACCGACGACAUCACGGGCGAACCCCUGAUCCAACGCUCCGACGACACGGCCGAGACCUUGCGCAAGCGCCUCGACACCUACCACCAGCAGACCGACCCCGUCGCAGACUACUACAAGACCAAAGGCGUAAGCCACUUACGGAUGCUGCGAUCUUCGACAGAAAUUUUAGCUGAUUGAAUAACGUUCUUCGCCUUACAAAGAUCUGGAAGGGUGUCGAUGCGGCCCAGUCCCCCAAGACGGUUUGGGAGACCCUCCAAAAGACGUUCGCCGAGCACGCCGAGAAGAACAAGUAA